AUCUGGUGGCCGGCGCACUGCUCGUGGUGGUUGUGAGCUUUAAUGCACGGAUCUGUUUCAGAAUUUAAGUUUUCCUGAUGAGACUACCGCUCAUUAACAUAAAUGGCACUAGGGACCGUAAAAGACGACUUCAGCUGGUUCUGCGGUGUUCUCAAACUACCGACAAAUGUCUCUCUUGAUGAUCCCGACGACGGUAGGAAUAGCGUUGAGGGGCAUGAGGACGACAACGGCCCCUGGCUGUGCGUUGUCAGCGCAGUGGGGACAGCACUACACUCGGUGUUUCUUCUACUUUUUGUCGUUUUGCUUGUCAUCUUUACCUGUCGUUUGAAUGCUCAGUCCAGUCGAACAAGCAACCCACAACGAUGUCCAGGAAACGUGCUUCGGUGGUUAAUCUUAGCAUUUCUCUUAUUUAUCCUUUCCUGUGCGAUCGGAGAGGGUGUCUUGACCGAUUCGACUCGGCCUCAAGUAUUCCCGACCCAGCCGUACCUAUACUUGCCCAGCCUGUGCGCCUUGCUCGCAACUUUCACCGCAGCAGUUUACUACAACUCAAUGGAGAGAUGGCGGAAGUUCCAUAUGUCUCUCCUGUCUAUUUUUUAUUGGAUUACGUGCUUCGCCAUUCAGGCUGCAACAUUGUGGUGUCUGAUUCAGCUCGGUCACGGAAGUGUUGAAGUUUUGCGAUUUGACUUGAGUUUGUGCUUACUUGCUGCCUACGUUGUUUUCAUCAUUCUUGAUCUACUUGUACUGAAAACAUUGGUGCCUUGCAGAAAUCUAUCCUACCGCCCAACACCUACCUCAGACUCCAUUCCAGGUGACCUGUACUACGUCCACGAUGACGUCAGUGUGCUGUCUCAAGUCACCCUUGGAUGGUUGACCAAAUUCCUCCGUCUCGGAAACAAACGGUCUCUGGAACGCAAAGAUCUUGGCUCACUGCCAGAAAGACAUACUUCACAGGAAAACUUCAAACGGUUCAAAGAGGUUUUUCUAAAGGAAAAGGCAAAUGCUCUCAAAAAUAACCAAAAAGUGUCCUUGUUUCGGGUGUUUGGUCACUUUUGUGGCAUUCGACUGCUAGCGGUGGGCCUCUUGAAGGUUGUUUCGGUGUUUGUGAAGUUUGUCACCCCUGCAGCAAUUAGAGUCCUCAUCUUCAGUGGGCUGGCAACCACUAGUGACCACCUGGCAACAUGA